ACGAAAUUCUAUCACCUUUAACUAGUAAAAUUCAUCUAUCCAAGCAUAAUUUUUUUAUUUUAAGAUGGAAGACAAUAUUGCUUUAUCCUCUGUUGGGGACUUGGAGACAAAAUUGAACUCCGCCAGACGGUCGUUAAUCUCGCUAAAUGACAAUAUUCGCCGCCUUGUUGGAAGAGGACUAAAAGAAUCUAGAGUAGAGAAAUACAAUCCAGAUAUCUUAAGCAAGAAGAAUGAACAAAAUGAAGAUAAAAGCAGCCAACGGCACGACCCAUUAAAACAAAAGCGGCGAACGCACGAUGGAAAAAUGGUAUUUAAUCGGCAUUCGGACAAGGACGAAUUGUGGCUACCAACCCCUCGGCUGAAUUCACGUGUAAUUCGAGAAUUGCCAUCGAGGGAGGAAAUUGUUGAAGCUCAAGGAAUCGAUUCCGAGUCGAGAGCACGCAACCGUCGAAUGUUUGGUUCACUUUUGGGAACAUUACAAAAAUUCUGCCAAGAAGAGUCGCGGUUAAAAAAAACUGAGGAUAAAAAAGCCUUAAUUGAAAAAAAAUUAGAAAAUCAAGAACUACAAGAGAGAGCCCUGCUUCAAAAAGAGCGUGAUACAUUAUUUUUAGAUAGGAAGCGUAAGCAACUUGAAAUCAAAUGUUUGGAAAAGAAAAUGGCACGCCUCAAAGACUUUAAAACUUGGGAAUCAUCAAUGACUUAUCAACAAAAUCAAAUUCGUACAAAAACAAAGCCUCACAUAUAUUUUCAACCUCGAAUGCAUACGGUACAAACAGAAAAACUGCUCAAUAAAAGUAAAUGCGAGUUAGAAGAUCUAAUGGAACGACGCAGAGAAGAUUUACAAAUUGAACUUAGAAAAAUUGAAAACUCAAAUAACAUAGAUGACGACUGUGCUUUAGACGACAGUAGCAUCUAUGAGAAUAAAUCAAAUAAAGAACAUAUGGAGACCGACAUUCCAGACAUAUGUGACAACAUUGCAAAGGAAGAGUUUCGAAGUGUGCCGAAAGAGGAUAACCCGUUAACUAGUAGUAGUUUUGUAAUUCAAGAAGCAUGAAGAAUAAUUAUACUUAAAUAAUUGUACUAUUUUCAAUGUUAUUUUUAAUGGUUUUGUUUAUUUUAUCUUCGACGAUUGAGAUUUUCACAGGCUAAAGGACCCCGACUCAGCAAAACCGUUUGUUAGUAGCAAAAUAGUUUAAAAUUGUUGAAAAACUAAAUUACUGUAAAUGAAAGUAAAUACCUAGCCUUGUCAUAAGUCAAAAAGAUGUGAAUUCCCUGAAUUUCCUUACCUGGAAGAUCGAUCGAACCAGUAAUAUUUAUCAAUUUAAAAGUAAAAGUGGAGCUGUAUUUGAAUUGUGUUUAUAUAAAAAGACUUAACAGACCACAUAAAAUAAAAACGUAACCCUUAAUACCUGCUGCAUUGCUAGUGAAAUGAAGAUUAAAAUUUUAUAAAAAUGUAAAUAAAUUCUUAACUGCUUUCUUAAAUUUGGGCUUUAAGACGUUUAUGAUGCUUCAGCAGGCACAUCAUAUAAAAUAACUGUUAUUUGGACUGCGGCCUAUCUCUCUGAGAUCAUCAAAUCUAGUUUGCUGUAAAUAAUCGACAACUCUUCUUGC